UUGCUUGAGUUGCUUCCUUCCCUCACGUGAGAUCACUCGAGCACUCUCUACUCUCUCUCUACUCUCUCUCUACUCUCUCUCUACUCUACUCUCUCUACACAAGCAGCUAGUAGCAAUGCCAGCCUCAGACAACGACGAAGACGGCGCAGACGACGAAGAAGUCACCCGCUGCAUCUGUGGCAACAUCGACCUCGUCACAGACGAAUCCGACUACGAAGACACGGGCCUCUUUGUCCAAUGCGACGACUGCCUCGUCUGGCAACACGGCUACUGCGUCGGCUUGCUCAACGAUACUCAGAUGCCAGAAACGUAUCACUGUGAACUAUGCAGACCUGACUUGCAUCGCAUCAUUCAGCGUCCUCGACGGCGCAAACGAAGCACCUACCUCGGUCUCGAUGGUAAAGACGACACAAAACCGAGUCCUGCAGCUCCAUCAGUGAGGCCCAUGACAGCAGACACAUCACCGCCAGGUACAGCGACAGGUGGCUUACCGACAGAGAGACUGUCAAGCAGCUAUGGCUCCAGUUCCCUCUCAACCCUCACAAAGCGCGAACGAGAGCCAUCCCCACCAUCGGUACCGCGACAUAGAACUACGACUGCUGAAGCGGCGGAUGAGGAGAGCGCUAGUGUCAGGCGGCGCAGGAAUACCAUGAAUUCGCGGGAUGCUGCCUAUGAUAGGCAACUGGAAGCAGCCCUUCUCCUAUCAGCGCAACAAUCAGGCGCAGGAUCAGGUGCAGCAGCGCCUUCAAUCAGUGGUCGAUCAGGUCGGAGUACAAAACGGCGCGCAUCGCCGUCUGGUCUGAGUAAACGCACACGCACACCCUCGCCGUCACCAUCACGAGACUCAGAUGGUGGGAGUAAGCCGAAACGUCGCAAGAAGGGUGGCGCUGGCGAAGCAACAUCCACAAUAACCUCUGCACAACUCAAACGUGAAGAAACGCAAGAAUCGAGUGUUUCCACUGGCAGACGUGGUGGUCGGAAACCAGGUCCUGCUGCAUUGCGCAAGGCUUCUUCAAGAGCAAAAGAUCUCAUGCAGGAUGUAGAAGAAGAAUCUAGGGACGACGUUGGGUCUAUUGCUUCUGAUGUUCCACAAGCUCGGCAUCGCGGAUCCAUUGUCGCAACACAGGGAAGUCAACCAGGUUCAAGACAAGGCUCUCGGGAAGGAACGCCCUCUAAUCAGACUGGUGCAGAUAUGGCCGCACCUGCAUCCAGAAAACGUGAUCGUCGAGGCGGUGGCGGUGGUGGUAAAAAGGCAAGUGAACGUGCAGCGGCUGCAGCAGCAGCGGCAUCCAUGAUGGCUGGUAGUAGUACGCGUUCCUCGAGUAGUGGUCAACAUGCCGCAACAGCGAGUAGUAUGGUGGGUAUUGGUGGGAAUUUGAUUGGAACAAGCGGACGCUUGGUACCCCUUGGCGAGAUGCGGAAACGAGUGUCUGCCAUUUUGGAGUACAUUGGACGGUGUCAAGUGGAAAUGGCUGCUGAGAAGGAUGAAUGGGUACGUUGGCGACAUGUCAGAGAAGAUGACACCAAUGCAGCAGAGACGGGCGAUAUAGCUCAGUCAGUUGCCAAGGCAGAGAGAGGGAAGCAAGCGACAAAUGGCAAGCUUGAUAUGGAUGAAGUAUGGAGUUAUGGCGAAGGCAAUGGCGGCAGUGUCGAGCUCAUGGAGAAGCUCACCAACACACUACUGCAGUGGGAGAGUCAAUACGGCUCAUAGGCCAAUGGAGAAGACA